AUGGACGAGAGCGCGGGCAGCAGUGAUGGAGAACCAUCCCUCGUCACUCCUGCACCUCGCUUCAGCCGAGAUCUCCUUCUCCAGGGAAAUCUUCUCUGGUCUCCCAAAGCCAGCGAAGUGGAAUCUGAAGCCCUGAGCAGAGGCACCAGCCCGGGGAACCUGGCUGUCCUCCCCCAUCUGACCCUGGCGCUGUUGGCCACUGGCAUGCUCUUCACCGCCUGGUUCUCAGUUUAUGAGGCCACCUCCACCAAAUACGCUCGGGAUGUCUACAAAGAGCUCCUCAUCUCUUUGGUGGCCUCACUCCUCCUGGGCUUUGCAGUCCUCUUCCCGCUGCUCUGGGUCGGCAUCUACGUAUGAGCUCCCAAGGGUCCCAACCAGGUGGCUUCACUGAAUCCCUGCUUUUGCAAAUUAUCU